AUGAUUCCUCCUCCAACCAUAAACACAAUUGAGCGGUUUGACUAUGACAUCAAGGAGCUGCAGUCGCUCUCGGAAAUUGCAAAUUCACUAGGGGUCGCCAAACAUCCCAUUCUCAAGGGAACUUUCGAUCGGUGCUAUGAAAAGGCCGGAUUCAGGGGCUUUUCGCAGGAGUGCAGCAGCCUUUCCCUUCUGAUCAUGGCUAUUCGCCGGUAUCGGAUGGCAACCCUGGGCGAGGACGAGCAAAGCGAGUUUUGGGUGCGAGAAAAAAAUCUGCUAAAACUGUCUCCAUUUUAA